CAGGAUAUGACCGGCGUUUCUGCUCGCAGAUAUAAAUUCGGCAGCUGACUGCGGCGGGGAAGAGCCGGCAGUCUGAGCUCACACAGAAAGCAGCAGGAGCAGCAGCAGUGGCACAGCAGCUCCGCUUGCGACUGAGUGCGAGCGUUCACACAACUCACCAUCCUCCCCCUCCCGCAGUCUCACACCAACCCUUCCAGCGAGGAAGCUGAACUCUCUUAAUCAUCUCGGUCUCCUUGCAAGGUUGUCAUCUUAAGGUUUUACAAACCUUGGCAGAAGGUUGGUCACAUUCACACCAUUUCUCAGCCAUGAGCCUUGGAUGCACCUGGAUCCAUGUGGCCAUCUUAAUUGGCCUGACUCACCAGUCGAAUUGCAGGAUUUUGCAUAAUGCUUCGCAUUUUGAAAGUUUGCUUCAGUCCAUCCAUUCCAGGAGCAAGCGAGCCAUCACCCUGGUCGACAAAGAAGAUAUUUUGCAGCUACACAACCACCUGCGGGGACAGGUCAGCCCCUCGUCUUCCAACAUGGAGUACAUGGAGUGGGACACAGAGUUGGAGCAGUCAGCAGAAAGAUGGGCCAAGCAGUGUACGUGGGAUCAUGGCCCUUCUCAUUUACUCAAGUCUAUAGGCCAGAAUCUGGCAGUGCACACGGGAAGAUAUGUAUCUCCAGCAGCGCAGGUGCAGACAUGGUAUGAUGAAGCCAAAGAUUACACCUACCCAUACCCACAUGAGUGCAGGCCUUGGUGUCCCGAAAGAUGUUCUGGCACAAUGUGCACCCAUUACACUCAACUGGUAUGGGCAACAACAAACCGAGUUGGCUGUGCUGUCCAUGUUUGCCCAAGAAUGAACGUGUGGGGAUCAAUCUGGCAGAACGCUGUCUAUUUAGUGUGCAAUUAUUCGCCAAAGGGCAAUUGGAUUGGGGAAGCUCCAUACAAGCCUGGUCGCCCAUGUUCAGAGUGCCCACCCAGCUAUGGUGGGCGUUGCAGGGAUAACCUCUGCGACAAAGGCAAUACUGUGAAAAGACCACAGCCGAAACAUAUGAAUGAAAUUGAGCUUCCCACGGACCAUGGGUUAAAUCCUUGGGUGGAGCAACAAAAGCCGCCAUCUCGUCCACAUUCAAAGAAGACAUCUCACACCCACAAAAUGAUGACUCAAACCAUCACAUGUGAAAUAAAAAUGAGAGACAAAUGCAAAGGGACAACUUGCAACAGGUAUAAGUGCCCGGUUAAUUGCAAAUCUUCAACUGCUAAAGUAAUUGGAACAAUCUAUUAUGAAGCGCAAUCUAGCAUUUGUCGGGCUGCAAUACACCAAGGAAUAUUUAAAAAUGAAGACGGAGGACUUGUGGAUAUCACCCGGACAGGAAAAGUCCCAUUCUUUGUCAAGUCCACCAGAAAACACAUUCGAUCCAUAAGCAAGUUCAAGGAAGCCAAUGGAUUUACAGUUUCGGAAGUGACCACCCAGUCAGUUGAUUGUUAUACCGCAGUGGCUCAGCUUUGUCCUUAUCGAAAGCCAGGUACACAUUGUCCAAGGAUUAAUUGCCCACCGAAAUGUUUGGAGGAGUUUCCCUUCUGGGCGCGAGUCAUUGGCAACGUGAUUUAUUCUGACAGAUCCAGUAUCUGUCGAACAGCGGUGCAUGCCGGUGUUAUUAAGAACCACAUUGGAGGACUAGUGGAUGUGAUGCCAGUGGAGAAAAAGAACCGAUAUAAGGGGACCUCUGAGAACGGAAUUAUGUCGGAGAGUUUAACAAAUCCCCCUAAUGGAAAAGCCUUCAAAGUAUUUGCAGUGGCAUGAGUGAGAAAUGAACUCUGGCAGAACUAUUCUGGAAGCAACUAAAGUAACUAAACUGGGCGCACGUAACAGCAGUGAACAUGUUCAUCACACGACGAAUUGAACCCAUCCUCGGACUACAAACCUUGCAUCUCAUUUGCUGAUGAAAAGUGGACUCUGGUUCGAAUAUUCCUCUCGUUAUUGUACAUAAUAAAUUUAAUAUUUUGUUUAAAAGCAGAAAUAUAGUUAUUUACAGCUGUGCUGCUAAAUUAUAUGGCUCAGUAUUAAUAUAGUUAAAUAUUUACUCCUAGUUUGAUCUUCAUAUCAGUGCAAAUGAUUUUCAUUGAAAAUGAUGGGUGCAUUGCUCCUGUAUGAUUAUUUGCAUUGCGGUCAAUGAGCAAAGUACCAUGCGUGCACAUUGCAGGUGACAAAUCCUGGAGGCCAGUCAAGGCAGGGCCUUCGGCCUUCAUGAUGCUUUCAAUACCAUGGUAGCUUUAUCUUUCAUCCAGAGGUAUACAUAAUAAAUUUGGUGGACGUGCAGGCUACCAAAUAUUAACAUUAAAGCUGCUUUCAUUUGCACAACAAUAAUAAAACUGGCAGUGUGCGUGGAAGUACACUUGGAACCUCUAGAGCUAAUAAUGCAAAAUUUAGCUUGAUCAUUUGAGGUUCCAAAUGUUCAUUUUGUGCCAGUAGAUUAUUCUCCCAUGGGUCUGUUGCGUUCAAAUAUGUGCAAACCCAUUUCCUCAUUCCCUGCAUAAGUGGAUUUCUUGUCCAUAAUCUUCUCUCCCUCUGCACCAAUUGUCCAUUGGCACACACUUGCACCUGACAGGAGUAAGGUCAAAAUGAAAAACAGAAGGUGCACGACUUGAGGUAAAAAUAAGGAAUUUGGAUGCUUCGGCGAACGAGAAAUGAGGUGCAUUUGUGUGGAUGUGGUGCCUCAUUGACUGGGGCUUUGUAAGUGUCUUGUGGCUGUGUCACUCAUGUAAAUACCAGCUCGAAUUAAUGGAAGACCACACACAGCUGCGCAUUUCACCCUCAUCCAUCUAAUGUUCUGCAAA